UGGAAGAAACCAGCCAUGUCUCGUCAGUCUGUCUGCUUUGGAGCUGGCGGGAGAAAGGGAUUCAGCUCCUGCUCUGCUGUCGGCGGUGGAUUUGGAGGCGGUGGUGGCCGGAGCAAGAUCAGCUACAGCUCGUACUCCUCAUCCCGUGGAGGAAGUGGAGGAGGACACUGUGGGGGGUUCAGUAGCCGGAGCCUCCAUAGCACGGGGGGCAGCAGAAGGAUUGCCAUGGGCGGAUGUUAUGGUGGUGGUGGAUACGGUGGCAGGAUGGGUGGCCUUGGUGGAGGAAUGAGCUGUGGAGGCAUGGGUGGUGGUGGAAUGGGUGGUGGAGGAAUGGGAAUGGGUGGCUUUGGUGGUGGAAUGGGUGGUGGAGGAAUGGGAAUGGGUGGCUUUGGUGGUGGAAUGGGCGGUGGGGGAAUGGGCGGAAUGGGCGGCUUUGGUGGUCCAGGCUUCUCUGGAGGCAUCCAGCCGGUGCAAGUUGACCCCAGCCUCCUGCGUCCGGUCCACGUUGAGAUCGACCCCCAGAUCCAGCAAGUUAAAAACCAGGAGAAGGAGCAGAUCAAGACCCUGAACAACCAGUUUGCCUCCUUCAUCGACAAGGUCCGAUUCCUGGAGCAGCAGAACAAGGUGCUCUCCACCAAGUGGGAGCUGCUCCAGCAGCAAGGGCCGUCAGGGCCCAGGAAGAACCUGGAUGUCAUCUUUGAGAACUACAUCCAGAACCUGCGGAGGCAGCUGGAAUCAAUCCUGGGGCAGCGGGGCCAGCUGGAAUCGGAGCUGCAGAACAUGAGGCAGUACGUGGAGGAGUUCAAAACCAAGUAUGAGGAGGAGAUCAACCGUCGCACGGCUGCUGAGAACGAGUUUGUGGUGCUGAAGAAGGAUGUGGACUGUGCCUACAUGACCAAAGUUGAGCUGGAAGCCAAGGUGGGAGCUCUGACAGACGAAAUCAACUUCCUGAGGUGCAUCUACGAGGAGGAGCUGUCUCAGAUGCAGACGAUCAGCCGGGACCUGUCCGUGGUGGUGUCCAUGGACAACAACCGGCACCUGGACCUGGACAGCAUCAUCGAGGAGGUCCGGCGCCAGUACGAGCAGAUUGCCCAGAGCAGCCGGGCUGAGGCUGAGGCCUGGUACCAGAGCCGGUAUGAAGAGCUCCAGAACACUGCUGGAAAACAUGGGGACAGCCUCCGCAACACCAAGAUGGAGAUCCAGGAGCUGACCAGGAAUGUCCAGAGGCUGCGGGCUGAGAUUGAGAAUGUGAAGAAGCAGAACCAGCAGCUUCAGGCAGCCAUUGCUGAGGCUGAGGAGAGGGGCGAGAUGGCCAUCAAGGAUGCCAGGAGGAAGCUGGAAGAGCUGGAAUGUGCCCUGAACAAGGACAAGGAGGAGCUGGCUCGCCUGCUGAAGGAGUACCAGGAGCUGUUGAACACCAAAAUUGCACUGGAUGUUGAGAUUGCCAUGUACAGGAAGCUCCUGGAGGGAGAGGAGAACAGGCUGUGCAACGACAGCAUGUCCAACGUCAAUGUCUCUGUGGUAGGCAAGACAACUGUCUCUGGAGGCAGAGGAGGCAUGGGAGGAGGAUUCGGAGGCAGCGGCAUGGGAGGAGGAUUCGGAGGCAGCGGCAUGGGAGGAGGAUUCGGAGGCGGCAGCUGCGGAAUGGGAGGAGGAUUCGGAGGCGGCAGCGGCAUGGGAGGAGGAAUGGGAGGAGGCGGCAUCUGCGGAGGAGGCAGCAGCUUUGGAGGAGGCAGCAUGGGCGGCAGCUGUGGGAUGGGGGGAGGAAUGUACUCCGGUGGCUUCUCCUCUGGAAGCGGAAGGAUGUGCGGCUCUGGCGGGGGAUCCUCCUCCGUGCGGAGAUGCGUCACCACCACCUCGGUCAAAUCUUCGGGAGUGAGAUUCUGAGCCCCGAAGGUUGACAAGGAAAGAAGCACCUCCUCUCUCCCCCUGGCAGCAGCCCAGCCUCCUGAAGCCCAGCUCUGGUGUCGUGCAAUGGGAUGAACUGUGUCCCUCCCACCCAGCUUCUCCCAGACCCUGGUCCCACCCGGCAGUUUGGUGGUGAUGCCGUGGGUGUGCUGGCACCAGGAGCUGCCCGGCAGGAGGGGCUGCUCUGCCUUCCUUGCUGUGUUGUACAUUUCUUUUGGCAAACGUGUAUAAAACUCCUCUUUCCUCCUUUCUCCUCCUGUUCUGCAUCCCCAGCUCCCUUCCUCUGUGUGUGUGUCCUGCCCUCCUUCCCUGGGAUGUUGCCAUUCCCAAUAAAUUGCAGAGAACAUUCA